CAAACUAUUUAAGAAGGCACACACACAGACGGCUAUUCAUUUUCAUCUCAUCGGUUUAUUUGUCAUCAUGGCGAUCUGGAAUGAAGGAAACGAAGAACUGCUCAUCACCUUGAUCGAGGAGAGGCCAGCUCUGUACGACAUUACAGAGACAAAUUACUCGAACCGAGUAGUGAAAACCGGACUCUGGCGAGAGAUUGAAUCUCAACUUGGUUUCUCAGAGAAAGAGCUGAGGAAGAAGUGGGAUUCUCUACGAACAGAGUACAGACAGCUGCGGAUCAUGACCAGGCUGCAGUUUUUAGAGCCCUACACAAAAAGGAAGGAGAGUACUUCGAACCUCACCAUCACGGAACGUCCGGAGGCUGCAGAAUCACCCCUCGGUGGCACCAGCAGUGAAACCAGCAUGUCCAGCACCACUGAGGAGUCCUUCCUCACUGAUGCUGAGCCCUGCACUCCCCUGGCAGAAUCCACCAUCUGCAACACACCGGCGCCGGCACCGUCACCGCUCGGAGAGAGGCCAAGCACACCCAGCAAUAGAAUGACUCCGGCGAAGCGCAGGAUGCUGCAGGAUUCGCGGGAUGAGUCCAUCGCCGACCAAUCACAAACAUUGCUGCAUGGGAUCACCAACACUCUGGCACAGUUGGCCCCGAGUAGAGUGAAUGACGUAUUCACGGCCCAUGCCCAAGUGUUUGAGCACAGACUGCGGAUGUUGGCACCUCCUGAGAUUCAACCAUUCCUGAAUACCGUGGACAAUGCCUUCUUCCGGCACUUAGAGGGAACUCAAACCUCGACUACAUACAGAAAUCUCUAGACAUUUAACUGUGUUGUCUAAACAUGUUUUGUUUUUUUAAAGUUCAUUUUAAAAUGUCUAAUUCUUUUUACAGACAGUUGUGGCAAUAACAUUUUUUUUUCUGUAUUGCAUAGCAUUUUUAUUGUAUUGUAUUUUUGUAGAUAGUUUACUUUUUGUAUUAUAUUGUUGGAUAAUAAACCACUUUCUACCUAA